AUGGACAAGGGCAAAGCGGUGGUGGGCUCCGGCCGCCGGUGGGCUGUGGAUUUCACGGACAACUCAACUUCGCAUUCAUCGCGUGAUAUUCUUGAUCCGCCGGGAUUCACUCGCGCUUCCCAAGAACAGGAUGAUGCAGCUGUGAGCAAACAGAAGAAGGACGCCGAGGCCAAUUGGAAAGCCCAGCAGAAAGCAUGGGAAGUUGCACAAGCGCCCUUUAAGAAUCUGUUCAUGAUGGCAUUCAUGAUGUGGAUGGCUGGAAGCACGGUUCAUCUAUUUAGCAUCGGCAUAACAUUUUCAGCUCUCUUGCAGCCCAUUAAUGCCCUUCGCGGGGUAGGGAAAGUUUUCGAGCCAUACAAGGACAACAAAGUUGAUCUAAUGGCGCCUAAAUUAGUAUUUAUCGCUCUUAAUUUGGUGGGAUUAGGUCUCGGUGUCUGGAAGCUUAAUACGCUGGGUCUUCUUCCAACACAUGUAUCAGAUUGGGUUUCUUCAUUGCCUCCCCCACAGGAUGUUGAGUAUUCUGGUGGAGGUAUCCCACUUUACUAG